CGUGACUGACCAGUUGACUCAAUUUAGUCCGUCACGUGAUCAGUGUUGUUCUCUAAAACAAGGAUGUGAGACUAAACAAUAUAUAUAGCUGCAAGAAAGACAGCACAUUAGUGUUUUUGCGAGCCUGUGCUGAGAUGAAGUUUUCCGUUCACUUCAUUUACGCGGUGCUUCACUGUUGGAUUGUGGGGUUGGUCGUUUCUAGGGUCAGUGGAAAGCAGGUCUGGCCAGUGCCUUACAAGCGACUCGACAGCCGUCCAGAUGUAGAUCCCUACUGCCAGGCUUUAUACCCAUUCUGCCCCACUGGAGAUCCAUAUGGUCGGAUACCUGUCAUGGAAUACUACGACAUCAUCUCAGUGUUCAGACUUCAGACUCCUGUGUGGGAGUUCAAAUAUGGUGACAUCUUGGGAAAGUUUCAUAUAAUGCAUGAUGCCAUUGGCUUUGGAAGCGCAAAAACCGGGAGAAACUUCACGAUGGAGUGGUACGAGCUGUUUCAGCUUGGGAAUUGCACUUUUCCUCAUGAAAGAGAGGGUGUGAGUGCCCCAUUCUGGUGUAACCAGGGAGCCGCCUGCUUUUAUGAGGGCAUAGAUGACAUGCACUGGAAGCAGAAUGGGACUUUGGAGAAAAUAGGAGAGAUAUCAGGUGAGAUGUUUAAUGAGUUGGCUCUGUGGGUUCAGGAGGACAAUGAAACGGGUGUGUAUUACGAGACUUGGACGGUAAUGUCAGAACCUGGUGCCAAUGCCACAACGUGGUUCGAGUCCUACGACUGUUCUCAGUUUGUGCACCGUACAUAUAAGAAAUUAAUGGAGCUGGGUGCGCAACUGUUGAGCCAAACUCCAACCAAUUACACAAAGAUCUAUUUGUACAGCGGAGAGCCGCUCUAUUUGGGAGAUGACUCCAUCUUUCAACAGUCUUCUACGAAAGAUCUCGCCACAGACAUCAAGAAGUUUUAUCACUCGUUUCGUUCUCACCAGUCAGUGAUAGAAAUGAUUAUGAGCCUGUUGGAGGCUUAUGACAAGAUGGUCCUAGAGAAGACCUUCUAUUUCUACUACAACUCUGAAUAUUGGAAGCUGCCAAUGAAAUAUCCUUACUUACAAAUAACCUAUGAGGAGAUUCCUUUUCCAUAAUGACCAGAUUUUUUUUGCUUGAACAAUAUUAAAUUACUUCAAUUUUUUUUGCAAUUAAAUAAAAUUACAUUUUAAGUUUUCUACUUUCA